AUGGCAGAAUACAACAUGAGCCACAUGGUGCGACCCCAGGGAUUCAGUUUGGAGGAGCUGCGCCAAACUUUGGGUCAAUCGAUGAUUCGGGAACAGUGUUAUUUUAUAUAUGCCACCAGCAAUAUUCUGGAGAUUAUAGCAGGAUUCGAUCAGCUGCUCAACCAGGAAGAGAUCGAAUUCGGGGCAGAGCAACUGGCUCCGGUCUAUGUAACCGGCUUGAUGGUUCAUCUACUCCAUCAUGAGGACAUGCCGGCGACCCUGGUCAAGAGAACUCUCUUCCUGCAAAAGUGCUUCGAUUAUAUGGCAUGCACCGAGGAAACGCACAUCCACCAGCUGUGCGUGUAUAUCCUGGGCCUCUUGGAUACCAACAGCUCGAGCAUAAUGCUGAACCUGAUCCUCGGCUGCCGCGUGGCCAGUCCACUGAGCACGAUGGCCCGCGUUGUGUGCAACUGCCUGCUGUGGGCCAUGUUGGAUAACAUGUCGGAUUUGGGCCUGGACUCGCACCGAUUGCGUCCGGCUGGCACACUGCUACUCGUCGUCGCUGUGGUGAAGCCGCGUACCUAUGUCGACUCCUAUCUGCAUGCCCUGCACCUGGUGGUCCGCUUGAUAUCCAGCAUCCUGGUGGUCGGACCACUCGGUGGCCAGGGCCAGCAACUGUGCCUGGAGACCGGUGCGCCGUUGGAUUUGAUGAAGCUGGACAAGGACGAUUGCUCGAUUAUAGUUCGCUGGCUAAUCGCCAUCGUUGAGGAAUUGCGUCCGCUGAUGAUGGAGAACAACGAUUUGGGGCAUUUGCAUGAGCGCCUGGUGCUCUUGGAGUCCAUAUGUGAGCUUAUGCAGCUCCUGCAUGGUCACUUGAUUAAGUGCUAUCAGGAAAAAAGCGACCUACAAGGCAUGUAACAUGCCAUUUUCUAGCCGCAAGUUAAUCUUUCAAGAACUCAGAUAUACUUUGAUGAGAAAUGAUUGUGAAUCUUUAACAAUUGUCCAAACUUUGAAACUUAUUUCAAGUAACAAUCGCAUGGUAUAUGCAUUAAAGCUAAGCAUUCAACGAUUUUAUUGUACAUCAUAAAAAGCUCUUUUGAUAUAAAGUUACGAGGAAAUCUUUAGAUUUCGCAAAACUAUCGAUUUUAA